AUGUGCCCCUUAGGCCCCGACAGCCUGUCCGGUGAACCUAGUGCUCACCAGCUGGGAAUGAGGGAAAUCCCCAAAGCUGUGGCUGCUGCCCCUGAGAGUGCCAGCUCAGCCCCUCUGUCACUGCCUGCAUGCCAGAACAGCUCUUCGUCAGACAACUCCAGCGGGCUACUGGCCGUGGCAGAUAAUGAGCUCUCUGCCUGCACCGACAUCAUCUACCGGCCCUGGUUCUCACCCUACAGCUACCUCCUAAGUGCCAAAGAAGCCACCGAGCAGCACCUGAGCAGCUUGGCCGCCAGCCCCCAAGAGCACGAGGAGCUCGAUGACCUCUCCGUCACUGUCUGCUCCUCUGGCUCCUCAGACAGUGCCCAGCCCCCUGCGAGGGACAGGCUGGCCAGCCGCAGAUGCAGCAUCACAAUCCAGGACAUCCUCACUGCUUCCCAGCAGCAGCCGCUGCCCCAGCAGGGCUACAAGUGCAUGUCGUGCUGCCGCGUCUUCCCCAUGCUUUGGUCGGUGAAGGUGCACAUCCAGAACAGCUCCCAGGAGGGUUACAGCUGCAAGGUGUACUACCGCAGGCUGAAGGCCCUGUGGGAGAAGGAGCAGCGGGCGCAGGAGGCCGCAGCCCCCGGUGCAGCCCCGGCCGCCGAGCAGCCGCCGCGGGAGGGCACUGCUCCAUCGCUCCUGCCGACGGCACAAUAA